CCUAAACUGCAUCUCUAUCUCUCUCCACUCUUAACCAGAGUGUAUAAUGUCUAAAGUGUGUUUACAGAUUCUUCCCAAUGCCAAGUGCUUAUUCGAUGAGCCAGUGCAGUUAAAGGUGGACAGGCUGAAACCAAGACAGCAGGUGGAUCUGAGGGCAGAAGUAACAGAUGACAAAGGCAUUGUAUUCAGGUCCUCAGCUACCUAUGAGGCCAACUCCAGUGGAACGAUUGAUCUAACAACUGCGUCAUCACUAGGUGGCAGCUACACUGGAGUAGAACCUAUGGGGCUUUUGUGGUCUCUGAAACCAAACACCUUACACACUAAGUUUGUUAAGAAGGUUGUAUCAGCGCCUUGCCUUGUCAAUUUCAGUGUACAUUCCAAGGAUAGUCCAGGGAUACUGGCGGAAGUAAUCAAUGAAAGAAGUCUGCUUGCAGAGGGAGUAAGAAGAAUUCCUGUCAAUGAGGGGAAGAUUCGUGGAGUUCUAUUUGUACCCCCUGAAAUGGGUCCACACCCAGCUGUUUUAGACCUACAUACAUUUGGAAGAGGUCUAUCUGAAACUAGAGCUUCUCUUCUUGCCAACAGAGGUUUUGUGGUCUUUACAGUGUCAUUAUAUGGGCAUGAGGAUAAUCCUAAAAACGUGACCAAGAUCCAUCUGGAGUAUUUUGAGGAGGCGAUUCAGUUCUUGAAAAAUCAGCCGCAGGUUUGCGGCUCUGGAGUAGGUUUGUUAUCACUGUCCAAAAGUGGUGAUUUAGCACUGUCCAUUGCCACUUUUGUGCCAGGCAUCGCCGCUACCGUAUGGAUCAAUGGCUGCAAUGCCAAUGCCAUGAUUCCUCUUCACAACAAAGGCACAGUCAUACCUCCCCUAAUGAUUGAUACCAAAAGAGUCUUUGCUACCAAGUCAGGGGCCUUAAAUGUCAAAUAUGUCAUUAAUGACCCCAUGGCAGUGGAGAAUCAGGCAACACUCAUCCCAAUUGAGAGAGCCAAUGGAAGGUUUCUCUUUGUGGCGGCAGAGGGGGACCAGAACUGGGACAGUUGUUAUUUUGCAGAUCAGGCAAUGCAACAACUGAAGCGUCAUGGGAAGGAUAAUUACGAGUCAGUAUUUUACCCUGGGGCAGGACACUACUUAGAGACACCCUACAUGCCCUUCUGCCCGUCCAGUAUUCAUGGUGUUAUCGGAAAGCCUGUGGUGUGGGGAGGUGUGCCCAGGUCCCACGCAGCAGCAGAGGUCGACCUUUGGAGGAGGAUUCAGGAGUUCUUUAGAACUAACCUGGCAAACGAUAGCAACUUGAGUAAAGCCAAGUUAUAAAAUGUUGAAAUGAGAAUUGGAUAAAUGUGUGGCGCUUAAUGUUUUGCUGUGUAGUAGAGCUUAACUCAUAAUGAACAUAUUUUACAUGAGCUUAACUCACAACUUCAAAAUGCCUUGAUAAUCCAUGCCUGACACAUUGCCCCCCCCCACAAAAAAAACACCUACUACAAUGAAACCCUUCCUUUGGAAGAAGGAUAUCAGGAAUAUUGGCACAGAGCUGUUGUCCUGCCUUUUAUAAUGACAAGUUAUCCAGACUGUGUUUAAACUGUUUAAUUGCAACAUGAAGAGAAACACAUAAUUUAGUUUAUGUAUAUUGUUAUGAUGGUUUGUGCCUUUUCAGAGUGGAUUGGCUGUGAAAGAACAGACAUUCAUGUAUUUAGAUGCCAAUCCUUUGUUUCUUGCUACUAUUGUUCACUUUUCAUGAAUGUAUUACAUAUAAUUGAAGUUACCACUAGCAAGUGGUGUACCAGGGGCAGCAAAGCAACCCCACAGAAUGAUCACACCUCCCCCGUAUUUGAUUGAAGGGUGUUCAUUUCUUUGAAUUCUUAAGUUGGUCUUUGGUAAACAUAGGAAGACCCCACCUCUGAAAGAGACAGACAAAACCCUGAUUGAACUUAUGAAAAAAAAAACACCCAAACAAGCCUGAAUCCUGGGGGAAAUGUUCUUUGGACUGAUGAAACAGAAUUAGAACUAUUUGGCAAUACAAAUCAGUGCUAGGUUUCCUGACGACCAAUUGAAGCAUUCAAAGGGGUUGCUCUGCUGCCUCUGGUACUGGGGGCCUUGCACGUGUGCAAGGCGUCAUGAAAUCAGAAGAGUAUCAAGGUGUUUCGGAGUCCAAUGUUAAACCCAGUGUACAAAAAGUGGGUCUCCUUCGAAGGUUGUGGGUCUUCCAGCAGGACAACGACCGCAAACACACAUCAAAAUGCAUGGAAUGGUUCAAGAAAAAUACACGGAACUGUUCUGGAGUGGCCAGCAUUGAUCCCGUGUGGCUCAGUUUGUAGAUCAUGGUGCUGGCAACACCAGGGUUAUGGGUUUGAGUAAUUUAGCUAGGCAAGUCAGUUAAUUAAGAACAAAUUCUUAUUUACAAUUACGGCCUACUCCGGCAAUGCUGUGCCAAUUGUGCGCCACCCAAUCACAGCCAGAUGUGACACCUCCUGCACUGAGAUGCAGUGCCUUAGGGGAGCCCGAGUGAAUUGGAGUGGCCAACAUAGAUUCCCUGUCUGAAUCCCAUCAAAAACCUAUGGCGACAUCUGAAAACAGCAGUUGGUCGAAGGCACCCAUCAAACAUUUCAGAAUUGGAGCAGUCUGCAGCUGGUAAGUUUGUCAAACUUCCAGUAGAAAGGUGCAGCAAGCUCAUACUACCAUAAACAUUUGUGGGCAGUUAUUUUGACCAAAGGCUGUGUAAAGGCUGUGUUAGCUCUUUGAUGGGAAUACUUUUGUCCAUUAAGUCCAUGCCAUUUUCUUUUUCUUUUCUAAAUUUUUAUUUUCUAAAUUGUAUACUUAAGUUUCAAAAAUAAAAAGUGUUUCUACAAAAUCCAAUAAAAAGGUGUUGAGGCCAACAUAAAAAAAUAUAUAUAUUUAAGAAAAGUGCAAGGGUGUCAAUAUAUUUCACCGGAAUGUAAUUUGAAAAAGCUAUUCAAAGUUGGGAUAUGUUUUACAUAUUGGCUUUAUUUAUCUGCAUGGACUGGCUCUGAAUACACUGUGAUCUGGUAACAUAUUUUCAAUAUAAAGGUAGAUGUGAAUGAGGGAAACUUGAGUCCAUCUAUGUAACUCACUUCCUAAUAAUGCAUUUCAAAAGUUUGCAAGAUUGUAAUGAACUUAACAUUGGUCAAUCAUAUUCUUCGGGCUUCUUUUCUAUUCCUAUGGUACUGCUAAAAGUCAAUGUAUUGUAAACUGUCCUGGGUUGUCCAUAGUAGGCUACAUGAAUGACUGAUCUGGCCAUCAGGCUGUAUUAAAAACAUUGGUAGCACUUUACAUAACAACACAAAAUAAAGUGGUUAUAAGAUGGUAACGAGUUCUAGUUACCAAACACAAUUUGCUCGGAUACCCCUUCAUUUCAGUAAAAUUGUUGUUGCAGGACAGUUACAACACAUACUUUGUGCCAUAGUGUACACAAGAACUUUGAUACAGAAAUGCAAUAUCUUCUCUAGUAAAUUUGAUCGUAUGCUUGUUCUUACACAGGUAGCCUCUAGAGGGCAGCAAUGGAUAGUUCAAUGCACAGUAGGCUUUAAAUGAUAAGAUGAAAAUACUGUGUUAGGUUCUGUGAUAUUUUAAAUGGCAAGUGGCAACAAUGGGUAAAUCUCAUUCGAUAGAUGUACAAGGAAUGUGUUACCCUUCAUUAACCAGUAAAUAAAUUAGUCACUGUGAA